UGCCAUGAUGCAUUUCUUAAGCAUUUCCAUUCCGUUUUUCUAUGAAAUUGACAGAAUAAAAAUUUAAUUGCAUGAAAGUACGGAGGACAAUUUUGAAACUCGCACUGCAGUGUUUCCUGCGCAUCUUGCACGCACUAUUUGGAAGAGGAUGCUCGGUGCUGCGUUUCCCAACUCUUCAACCCGACAAAUUGCGGAUAUAAUCUCAACGUAAUUUUGUGUGUGGAUUUGAUUUGACAAUGCAACAUUACAUAACUCGGAUUAUUUCAUAUUAAUUCGCAUUGUAAUAUAACUACCCUGUGCCAAAAACUGGAGCAUCCUUCGCAUUAUCAGAAGUGCUCAGUCUGCGUGCGGUUGUGAUCUCCGCAUCCCCCGACAUCCAGAGCUGACCUACUUUUUAACACCCUAUAUAUUUGCGUGAUAUAAACAUCCAUCUGCUGUGAUGUCGGACUGCAGGCGACAGUGGAACCGGGAGGAUGAGCUCCCUGUGUACCUGGCUAAACCCAUCUCGACCGGACCCAACCAGCGACACAAGCAUCAUGGGAUGUUUACCUCUGUUGAGGGGGCAUUUGAUAGUAAAACUAUAGAUUUCGAUCAGUACGCAGUGGGAAGGAAAGAAAACAGGGCGCCGCGGAGCUGGAGCAGGGAGCGCAUUGUGGAUGGGGAUUGUGAAGCCAAUGAGAUCAGCGGCGGGUCCGUCAGCAACUCCCCGGGCGAGAUAGACGACGGCCGCUCAGGUGUGGAAGACACCGCUCAGACGGGACCGGAAUUUCUGGGGGAAAACGACAGGAAGAGUGAGCGAUUGCUGAUUAAAGGUGGUAGGGUGGUUAAUGAUGAUCAGUCGCUCUUUGCGGAUGUAUAUGUUGAAGAUGGAGUUAUUAAACAGGUUGGGGAGAACCUAAUUGUGCCUGGUGGUGUGAAGGUGAUUGAGGCUAAUGGGUGUAUGGUGAUACCUGGUGGCAUUGAUGUGAACACCUGCCUGCUUAAGCCUUACCUAGGCACCCCACCAAUAGAUGACUUCUACCAGGGUACCAAAGCUGCUCUGGCAGGAGGCACCACCAUGAUCAUUGACCAUGUGAGUCCACAGCCAGGCGAAAGUCUAUUGGAGGCCUUUGAGAAGUGGCAGGAAGCGGCCGAUAAGAAGUCCUGCUGUGAUUAUUCACUACAUGUGGAUAUCCCACAGUGGCAUGAUGGUGUAAAGGAGGAGCUGGAACAGCUGGUACAGGACAAAGGAAUUAACUCUUUCCAAGUGUACAUGGCUUAUAAAGACUUAUUCCAAAUGACUGAUUCUCAGUUGUAUGAAGCAUUCUUAUACAUUAAAGAGUUGGGUGCUGUAGCAAUGGUGCAUGCAGAGAAUGGUGACCUUAUAGCACAGGAACAAAACAAAAUUCUGGGCAUGGGCAUCACUGGUCCAGAGGGCCAUCCGCUGAGCCGCCCGGAAGAGCUGGAGGCAGAGGCUGUUUUCCGCGCCAUCACCCUUGGCAACCAAGUCAAUUGCCCUGUCUACAUUACCAAAGUGAUGAGUAAAAGCGCAGCUGAGACCGUGUCCCAAGCCCGGAAAAAAGGUUCUGUUGUAUUUGGGGAGCCAAUUACAGCCAGCUUGGCAACAGAUGGGUCGCAUUACUGGAGCAAAAACUGGGCGAAAGCAGCAGCUUACGUGACCUCUCCACCCCUCAGCCCGGACCCGACUACACCUGAUCACCUUCACACUCUGCUUGCCUGUGGGGACCUGCAGGUCGUGGGUAGUGGCCACUGUGCUUACAGUACUUCCCAAAAGGCCAUAGGAAAAGACAACUUUACCCUUAUACCCGAGGGAACCAAUGGAGUGCAGGAGAGAAUGGGUUUUGUAUGGGACAAAGCUGUGGCCAUGGGGAAAAUGGAUGAAAACCAGUUUGUUGCAGUUACGAGCACCAAUGCAGCCAAAAUCUUUAACCUGUACCCACGCAAGGGUCGGAUAGCAGUGGGUUCGGAUGCCGACAUUGUUAUCUGGGACCCUGAUAAUAUAAAGACUAUCACAGCAAAAUCACAGCUGUCGGCUCUAGAAUAUAAUAUUUUUGAGGGAAUGGAGUGUCGUGGUGGUCCCAUGUAUGUGGUCAGUCAGGGCAGGAUUGCACUUGAGGAUGGGAAACUUCAGGUUUCCCAGGGGACUGGACGCUAUAUCUCUCGCAAACCCUUCCCUGACUAUGCCUACCAACGCAUUAAGAUCCGCGACAAGGCGAUAAGCAAGCAGGGAGUGUCUCGUGGGAUGUACGAUGGUCCAGUGUACGAUGUCCCAGCAACACCCAAAUAUAUAACCCCAGCACCCUCUGCCAAGACCUCACCCACUUCACACCAGCCUCCACCAAUCAGAAACUUGCAUCAGUCUAACUUCAGCCUAUCAGGGGCUCAAAUUGAUGACAGCGUUCCUCGACGUUCUGGGCACCGUAUUGUAGCACCCCCGGGUGGUCGCUCUAAUAUCACCAGCCUUGGUUAAGACUCCAGUAGCGUGUUUGUGUUUGCGUGCGUGCGUGAAUGUGUGCGUGCGUUCUGAUUUUGUCAAGUGGUUAAUGUCCACAAGGAAACAUUAUGUUGACCCUGGGACAACAUUUCAAUCAACCAAUCAGAUUUCAGAAAUACGUUUACAGUUUAAUAAGUUUAAGCUUACAACCAGGAUUUGCUGCUUCUAGACCAUUGUUUUAAUUUAUCAUUUCCCUCUGAUUUUAGGGUUCAAUUAUGGUUAGGUUGGGUUUAGCUUUAUUUACAAAAAUGUUGUCCUUGAGUCGUCACAAUAAGUUGCCCUGAGUAAGUUGCCAUCUCUUACUUGGCAAAAUCAGGUCAAGCGUGUGUGCGUGCGUGGAAUAACCAUCAGUAUUGUCUUCACACAGUGAACGAACGUUUUGUGUACUUUUUACUCAUGCAUGUAAAAUUAUAGUCUAUAUUCUGUGUGAUCACCUUAUAUGUGCAGUGAAUGCCCCUUCCACAGUGCAUAUUGCUGUGCACAUUGUAUACAAUAGCCUCACUGAUAAAGACAAAUAUCUAUAGAUUAUAGCUAGACAAUCACCAAAAUACUCUAUAUCCAUAACAACUCAAGUAGCAUUUUAAACAGUGUUGAAAUAACUGAUCACAUUUCUGACUUAGUGACUGACAUGCUCAUUGAUGUGACCCCAGUGUUUGUGAUAUAGUGUUAAAAAUGUCUCGUGAAACCUAGCGUUAGUAUUCCCUAUCGCUGGUUAUCUUACAAAAUGGUGCUUCUACUACAAGUGACAAAGCUCUUAAAUGGUUGUAGGCUGAAAAGUGCUUUAAAAUGCAGAUCUGAGGUCAGUUUUUGGCAUGGUUGUACCGCUAAUAAGUGCACCAUGAAACUGAACCAGUAGCUGGCGUUGCAAGCACUUUUACUUUGCUGUUCUCCGUGCACUGAAGUAUUUUUAAUUUUGUGUUAUAUGUAAUUUUGUGAUAAAGGAUGGUGAUGGAUUGCAUGAUUUUACUUUUAGAUGUUGAAACUCGAAUCAUACUCUCUCUUUAUACUUUGAAGGCAAUUUUAUUUUGCACCAUAUUAGAUUUAACUGCAUUUAAAAAGGGGAAAAUAUAUCAUUUUAAAAGUUUGACAUUCUUAGCUUUAGAAAAAUGUUUGCAUGUUAAGUUUGACUUAAAGUUUGCAUUACUACUCCAAUCCCCUUGUAGAUUUUGUUUAUCUGGAAAAUUAAUCGAGUGCUGUGCAAUAAAUAUCUAUCAGAACUUACAGUACACUGUUAAAAAUAAAAAAUGGUCCCUAUAGCUGUCACAGGGGCAGACCCUUUUUAAAAGCACACCUUUGCACCUAAAGAGUGUUCCUCAGAGGACCAUAUUGGUACCUAAUAAACUUGUGGUGGUACU